GCUUGGGAAACCGUGAGACUGGAGUAUAUGGAAAGUCCCACCAUUAUUUCUUCAUAUAGGCAAAAGCUAAUCAACUAUUUCACCUUGCAGCUAAGUCAGGACAGAGUGACUUGGAGAAGUGCAGAUGAACUCCCUUGGCUUUAUCAGCAGCAGGGAAGUAAACAGAAGUUGCACGAUUGCCUUCUCAAUCUCUUUGUGUCUCAAAAUCUUUAUAAGAGAGGACACUUUGCUGAGUUGCUGAGUUAUUGGCAGUUUGUUGGGAAGGACAAAAGCGCAAUGGCAACAGAAUACUUUGAUUCAUUGAAGCAGUAUGAGAAAAACUGUGAAGGCGAGGAGAACAUGAUUUGCUUAGCUGAUCUUUAUGAAACCCUGGGGAGAUUUCUCAAGGAUCUAGGCCUUCUCAGUCAGGCUGUGGUGCCUUUACAGAGGUCUCUAGAAAUUCGAGAAACAGCUUUAGAUCCAGAUCACCCAAGAGUAGCUCAGUCCCUCCACCAGCUAGCAAGUGUGUAUGUGCAGUGGAAGAAGUUUGGCAAUGCAGAACAACUGUAUAAACAGGCAUUGGAAAUCUCAGAAAAUGCUUAUGGUGUGGACCAUCUACAUACUGCUCGUGAACUUGAGGCACUUGCAACUUUGUAUCAGAAACAAAAUAAAUAUGAACAAGCUGAGCAUUUUAGGAAAAAGUCUUUUAAAAUUCGUCAGAAAGCUACAAGGAGAAAAGGCAACUUGUAUGGAUUUGCCCUUUUACGUAGACGGGCUCUACAGUUAGAAGAGCUUACAUUAGGUAAGGACACACCUGAUAAUGCUCGGACCCUCAAUGAACUGGGUGUUCUCUACUAUCUACAAAAUAACCUGGAAAUAGCCGACCAGUUUCUGAAGCGUUCCUUAGAAAUGAGGGAGCGAGUUCUAGGACCAGAUCACCCUGACUGUGCCCAGUCUUUGAAUAAUCUGGCGGCUCUAUGCAAUGAAAAGAAACAGUACGAUAAAGCAGAAGAACUUUAUGAAAGAGCUUUAGACAUUCGGAGGCGUGCGUUAGCUCCUGAUCACCCUUCUUUGGCAUAUACAGUGAAGCAUCUUGCAAUCUUGUAUAAGAAGAUGGGAAAACUUGACAAAGCUGUACCUUUGUAUGAAUUGGCUGUUGAAAUUCGACAGAAAUCCUUUGGCCCAAAGCACCCUAGUGUAGCUACUGCCUUGGUGAACUUAGCUGUUCUCUAUAGCCAAAUGAGGUACAAUUUAGGUAUUCGUAUCUUCAAAGUAAAAAUCAUCAAAAUAGGAGAUUAG